GCAUCGACGAUUACACUGCGGCAGAGAUCAAGGCCGCCUACACGCGCGAUAUGCUGAAAAGCGACACAGACACUCUGCGCGCAGAUGAAGCACUUUGGGCCAAGCUGGUUGAGGAUGAGAACAAGGCGGCUGUGCCGGAGAGGAUCAUAUCAACGGCCCCGAUGGGAGAGUUCAUCUUUGCGCAAACCAUCCGACAGAACCAAGCGGUAAGUGUUGCUAUGGUAACCCGUGGCAUCCAGCCAAGUGGCGAGUCGUAUUGUUUGUGA